UUAUUAAUUCUUUUUAUGACUGAAUUUUUCUUCUACAAUGGAAUCUCGAAAUAUAGCGCGCGAAAUCUCUUCCAUACUAAUAUGUAUCUGUCUCCUGAUAGUGUACUAGAAAAUAAUGUAUGUAGACAAAACGAUAUCUCUAAAAUUCUGAAUUUUACGGUUUGGAAGUGAAAUGGGGAGAGCCUUGAACCGUGAGGUUUCAAUAUAGUUCUAAUUUUUAUUUUCUAACGUUGUAUUUAUAGAGCAAAGAUACGAAACAGGAUAUGUUAAGUUUACGGAAAAUGAAUGUUGGUUAAGAAUAGAGAAAAUUUAUAAAUAGAAAUAUUCAGGAUACGAACGUGAUUCUUGAAUGUUGCUAACACUAACCUGUAAUGUAUACAUAACAAUUCUUGAUUUUUAUUCUUAAAAUUAAGAAUAAGCAAAAUGAUAGCCAUUAAAUCAACUGAAUCAAAAUUAAGGAUAUUAGCAUUACAUGGAUAUAUGCAAUCUGAUGUAAUCUUUAGCGCCAAGUUGGGAUCGUUAAGGAAGGGAUUUAAAAAAGAAAUAGAUUUUACAUUUAUAAGAGCACCACAUAAAGUUCCAUCAAAUAAUGAAGAGAAUAUAGAUGAAAAUGGGUACGGAUGGUGGUUUAACACAGAGGAUCAUGUAUUUAAAGCAACAGUACCUAGUGAAUUAUGUGUAGGAUUUGAUGAGAGUAUAGCUUUGAUAGAAAAGAUAUUCACAGAACAGGGUCCCUUUGAUGGUAUAUUAGGUUUCUCACAAGGAGCUGCUUUUGUCAGUAUACUAUGUGCUAUGAAGAGAAAAAUAUUACAGAUUGAAUUUAAUUUUGCUAUUAUGAUAUCUGGAUUUAAGUCACUAUGUGCACCUCAUGCAAAAUAUUAUGAUGAAAAGAUAAAUGUACCUUCCUUACAUAUUUAUGGAGAGAAUGAUCAAGUCAUUCCAACAGCAAUGACAGAACAUAUUAGUUGUCUUUUUCCAAACAAGAAAGAGAUACGGCACGGAGGUGGCCAUUAUGUACCAAGUAAGAAAGAUAUCUACAGGGAUUUUAUAAUGGAAAUGCUAGCAAAUAAAAAUCUAUAAGCAAUUAA